CGGAGCAGCUGCUGGGAAAUAAACUUGGAAUACGCGAUACCGACCCGGAAAAUGACCAAAGAUUGCUGACCCGGCGAAUGCGGUGGAUUUGGGAUCUGCUCGUCAGGAAGGAUCUUUAGAAGAAGCUGCAGCACUCGAGUAAGAGGUGUCGUGGGGUUUGCGGAUGACAUGAGAGGGCAAUGAGCGCCAGGCAGAUGGUUCCCCCGUCUGGGUGGGUUACGUAUCCCCGGAUCCCCCCUAUGUCCGUGCGUGAAGCAGAAUGCAUGCUGUAAUCCUCCUGUAUCGGAGGGGGUAGCAGACGGGCUGAAAAUGAAUAAUACGGAAGUGUUCGUGCCGGACGGCGAUGCGGCGGUGGUCUUUUCCGCGCGGGGCCAGAAGCAGCGCUGUCUGUCGGCCGUCGAGCCGCACUUACCCGGCGAGGUGGAUUUGCAGGAUGAGGCGCUGGACAGGUUUUUAGGGGUGCCCCUGCGGAGACCCCACCAGCUCAGAUCCUCCGUCCAUGAGAGGGACUCGUUCCGCAGACACAGCUGGGAGCCGGGCAAGCGGCUACAGGAAGCCGACGCGGACUACGACCAGCUCAGUGUGAGUUUAAAGGGUCUGGAUCCAGAAGAAAUAGAAGGAAACAUGGGGUACCAGAGAGACCCCCGCCGGACCCCCAUAAUCCGCAGCACAGAUGAGAUUGAGUCUUUGCUGUCACUGCGGGGAGAGGACAUGGAGGUCACGCAAGAGGAACAUGCGCGGCGGCUGCAGGCAUACCUCUCCUCACAGGCCUACCUCUGCAACCCGCUCUCCAAAUCAGUCUCUAUGACGGGCAUUGAUCACACGUACUCCUAUCCAGACGAUGGUACCCUGUACUCACACGGGAGACACCAGGCAAAUAGGUUAAGCGCCUUGAGCUGCGGAGAUAUCGAUGCCCUGGAGACGGACGAGAAGGAAAACCGGGAAAAAGAAGAGUCUCCGCUGGGGAGGACCUUGAGCUUCAUCAGGAAGAUGGCUGGUGGCAAGAUGAAGAACAAAGAGAAAGAGAAGAUGAAGGAGGCGAAGGAGAAGGACACCAGAUACACCAACGGGCACCUCUUCACCACCAUCACCGUGUCGGGCACCACCAUGUGCUUCGUGUGCAACAAAAGCAUCACCGCCAAGGAGGCUCUCAUCUGCCCCACGUGCAGCGUUACCAUACAUAACCGGUGUAAGGACUCCCUGCCAAGCUGCACCAAGGUCAAACAGAAGCAACAGAAGGCUGCUUCCUUAAAGAAUAACUCAGCCCUGCAGAAUGUGUCCCUCCGGAAUAAGACCACCACCCUGCGAGAGCGCCCCAACUCCGCAAUCUACCCGUCAGACAGCCUGCGCCACUCGCUCCUCGGCUCCCGCAGAGGGCGGCCAUCUUUAUCCCUGUCCAAGAGCGUCUCCACCACCAACAUCGCUGGGAACCUGAACGACGAGAGCCCACUGGGAAUCCGCCGGAUCCUCUCUCAGUCCACAGACUCGCUCAACAUGAGGAACCGGACGCUCUCCAUGGAGUCUCUGAUCGACGAAGGUGCCGAAGUGAUCUAUAACCAGCUGAUGAGCGACUUUGCCACAGACGAGAAGGAGUUUGAGGCGGAUUCGUGGAGCCUGGCUGUGGAUAAUAACUACCUGAAGCAGCACAAGAAGGACGUGAUGAAACGGCAGGACGUGAUCUACGAGCUCAUUCAGACCGAGGUCCACCACGUGCGCACCUUGAAGAUCAUGACCAACAUGUUCCGCAAGGGGAUGCUGGAAGACCUGCAGAUGGACCCGGCUCUGGUCCAGAAGAUGUUCCCUUGCGUGGACGAGCUGAGCGACAUCCACGUUCGCUUCCUGAUCCAGCUCCUGGAGAGACGCAAGGACUCGCUGGCGUCCGACAGCAGCAAGAAUUUUGUCAUUAAUCGGCUGGGGGACAUCCUCAUCAACCAGUUUUCAGGCACCAACGCCGAGCUUGUGAAGAAAGCGUACACGGAGUUCUGCAGCCAGCACCACAAGGCCGUGAAGCUCUACAAGGAGCUCUUCUCCAGAGACAAGAAGUUCCAGCAGAUGAUAAGGAAGAUGACGCGCUCCCCGUUGCUGCGCAGGCACGGCGUGCAGGAGUGUAUACUGUUGGUCACCCAGAGGAUCACUAAAUAUCCCGUCCUCAUUGACAGAAUACUUCAGAACUCCAAAGGCAACGAGGAGGAAUACAAGGACAUCGCUGCUUCCUUGACACUGGUCAAGGAGCUGAUUUCAUCCAUCGACCAGGAGGUCUACAACCAAGAGAAGAACCUCCGCCUGCAGGAGAUCUACCACCGGGUGGACAGCAAAUCCACAGCCCAGGUGAUGGGAAGUCACCUCUUCGGCAAGGAGGAGCUGCUGCGCAGGAAACUUAUCCAUGAGGGGCCCCUCCUGUGGAAGACGGCAGCCGGACGCUUCAAAGAUGUGAUUAUGCUGCUAAUGACAGACGUCUUGAUUUUGCUCCAAGAAAAGGACCAGAAGUAUUAUUUCCCAACCCUGGACAAGUACCCCGUGAUCUCGCUGCAGAACCUGAUUGUCCGUGACAUCGCCAACCAAGAAAAGGGCAUGUUCCUGAUCAGCGCCAAGCCCCCCGAGAUGUAUGAGGUACACGCCGCAUCCCGCGAGGAGAGGAACACCUGGAUGAAGAUCAUCGACCAGUCUGUUCGGGUAUGCCCAAAACGGGAGGAUUUCCCAUUAAUUGAGACCGAAGUUGAAGCCAAGCUGAGAAAACUAAGAGAGGUCAUACAGCAGAAGGACAGAGAAGUGGCUGAAAUCUUGGAGGAAAAGGUGACCCUGUUUAACAAGGUGGUGCAGUUACAGGCUGGCGACGACUCUCCCGGUCUCUCUGUAAACACUCGGAAUCUCUUCAGGAGCGACUCCACGGAGAGCUACAGAGGAGAGAAGCUGAUCAAUGAGACCAUCAAAGAAGUGGAGGCCCUGAAGGACGUGAUUCUGGGGACGGGAACCGAGCAGCUGCUUCUGAAGACAGAUCCCCACAACCACACGUCUAAUUCCUCCAAUGCCUCUGACAGCACCGAAUCCAUGCAUGGAGACACAAGUGGCAUCAAUGGCUCCAUGGAAACCAACAAGGAUGAGGACUCCAACUUGAAGGACCGGAACGGAAACCAAGUGCAACAGAAAAGUCCCCAAGAAGACGCCGUGCAGAGAAUUGCCAACAUAUACUGCCUUAUCCAUGGACUGCAGUCGCUAAUCACCCAGCAGGACGCCUCGCUAGAUCUCCACGGCCAGGAUGGCGGUGACAAGAAGGAGCGUUUGUCCCGGACCAACUCUCGUGACAUCUCGGCGGCUGAGCCCCUCUCCAAGAGCGUGGACAAGCAGGGUACGGAGCUUACUCUCCUCCAGCGGCAGCACACGCUCCUCCAGGAAGAGCUCCGCAGGUGCAGGAGGCAAUGCGAGGAGAAAGUGCAAGAAGCUGGGAUGCUGGAGGCCCGGCUGAGGGAGAGCGAACAGGCCAGGACCAGGGUGGAACGGGAAUUGGAGGAGGUGAAGAGACAAGUGAGCUUCCUGCAGAAAGAAAAGACCAACGGAGGAGGAGAGCUGGCCCGGGUCAGGGGAGCAGAUCCACGCAGACGCAGCUUGCCAGCUGGAGAUGCCUUGUACCAAACCUUUACUCCACCCCAGCUCCACCCUGACCGGCGGACCUCAGACAUCCCGGAGGGUUUGGUUCCAGUUAUCUCCUUCCAAGAGGAUCCUGACCUUAAGGAUGACUUUAGUGACCUAACGGAGCUGGAGAAGCUCCCGGAGACAGUUGACACAGAGUCCUCAGAAGAGGAGGGUGGGGGACCCCCGGUGUCACCCUCCAGUACGCGAGAAUUCCAGAGAAUGCAGGACAUUCCGGAGGAAGCGGAAAGCACACAGGAGCCGAGAGACGCGGAGCAGGGUCCCUCUGAGAGCUAGGAGACCAAAGACGUGAGACAAGACGACCGUAGACGCGCCGCUCUACCGCGCAACAUGGGGGAGCGGUGAGAAUGAACGACCGGACUCUGAGGAGGGUUCCCCUGGACAAAGCUUUUGGACGAACGCUUUCUGUGUAACGGGACCCAUUCGGACGAUCCCAGACAAGGCUGCACGCGACUGUUAGAUGAUAACGUGUGGGGGGCAGGGGAUGUACCAAAAUCUGACGCUCCACUACGAGCUGCCACCUUGUAUUAAUACAAGCAAAA